AUGAAGGUGAAAAAUCCUGAAAUAGAAGAGAAACUAAAGCGUAAGUCAGGAGUUCACCGGCCUCCGGUCUCGGGAAUCCACGAGCGUAAUCUAGAAGGCGUUUACAGUCUGGUACUUGGAUGUGUAUAUGAAGACUAUUACGACAACGGCUUCACAUACACAGGCAGCGGAGGCCAAUAUCUGUCCCGCGACCAGACGCUUACGAGGCAGAAUAUUGCUUUAGCAAGAAAUUGCGUAAUGAAGAUAAUAAACAAGACGGCGCCGACGCCGGUGACUCUUGGAGAGGGGAUUGCCAGUUCGCAUCGGUACAAAGUCUGGAAAUAUAAAUUGCGAAGAGAUGACCCUAAUCCCGUGCCAUGGGAAGACGAAGCGAAGCAGUUUUCCAUUGUUUGUCCAGAUGGUUAUCUAGAAGCAGACAGAAAAAGCCAGCCCAAGGAUAAUAAAAACACUUUUCCAAGACGGAAUUAA